AUGUCGUUUGUAACCGAACCGUCUCAAAUUUGCUUGUGGUGUCGCGUGAGUUCAUGGAUCGACGCUACCGCACCUCAAGAAUCGAAGGAGCAAUUUAGGCACGACGAACUCAACAAAUACAAUGACCACAAAAUCACUAUGCCUUUAACACCGCCCUCCACAUCUCCAUCGAAACGAAGGCGUCUCAUGCCUUCCGAGGAUUCUGAAUCAAUCACUCUUCGCACUGCCAACUCAAUCGACAGCGACAUCACAAACGAAGCGAUUGACGACCCGACACCACGAGCACAGAGAGGUGGCAUCCCGCCAUGCCAUACCUUGCCUUCGUCGCUUGCCUUUCGCCCAAGUGCAAGUCAGUCCCAAGGCUCGGGGUCGAUAGUCUCCGGUUCCAGUCAAUCUGGUUCCGGUCUGACCCCGAGGCGACGCUCUGUGAGCCCGGUCAAGAAGACGAACGACCUACGGAAGUUAGCCAUACCCACAACACUCACUCCGCUUACAGCACCAAAAAAACAACUUCCCCCUAGUAUGCUCACUAUCUAUAAGCGUAUCGAGGACAUUAUGCAUUAUGGAGACCCAUUUGCGCCGGCGGAGGUUCAAUCAGCCAUCAACGAUAUCAUGCAAGCUGCCGGAGAAAGAGAAUGGCCCGCUGGCUGGUUUGAACAGCAAGCCGAUACUGGUGGCGCGGUUGCGGAGCGGGAGCUGGAGAGAAUUCUUGAAAUCCAAACCCUAGCAGCAGAGUGCUCGAGCGAGAAGGUAUCUGAAGCUACAUGGAACCUGGAGGUUCACGGUCCGUUGCUCAAACUGGCAAUGACCGCAAUCCGUGGUGUUUCUCGCCACUUGAUCACAACAGCAAGAAUUGAGUCCAAAUGGCUUCCAAUCACCCGCAUCUCGCCAGGGCCCUUAAUUUCAGCGUCAGAAUCCGGGUCGAUCAGGUGCUCUGGCAAUACUGUCGGGGGAAAGAUGGUAGAUUUUGCCCUGACUUUGGAUACUGCUUCGACUCUACUGGCAGUAAUCAAAGAGCAUAUUUAUGCCAGCGACCUUUCAGCAGAUUUAUCUGUCAACCAGACCACAUACAACCCGCUGACUCUGCGGCCGAUUGGUGUAAGCGUUGAGACCAAGGCUUCUGCUGCGGGAGCCGAACAAGGCCGCAUUCAACUUGCUUUAUGGACAAUCGCAUGGUACAAGAGAGUCCAGGCCUGGGUGGAUAGCUGCGCCGAUGAUAUCCGUCUUCCUGAUGCCAUGCCAGUUAUCUUGGUUACGGAGCAUGCAUGGAAUUUGGCGUUCGUCUGCAAUAGGGGUGGCGAGGCAUUUGAGCUGGUAUAUGAAAUCUCGAUUGGGAGCACUUCGAAUCUGCGUGAUUUAUACAAACUUCUGGCUGUAUUGCGCAUUUUGGGUCACUGGAUAGAUACUGAUCUCAGACAAUGGUUCGAGCGGUUGUUCCGACAACAGGACCAGCAGACUCAACAGCACACUGACCCGCUGUCCAAUCUUCGGCUCCCUGACUGCUUUUCGGAGCUGCAGCUAGACAAAAACGACAAGAUUACUCGCUUACUCCUUUUGCCGUCGGACCCAGAUGCGUUGGAGCUGGAGCCAAUUGGUCUAUCGGGAGGCGGCCAACGUGAGAGCGCCUUGUGUGGUGAAUGGAUGCAGUUUGCGUUUGGAGGUGACAGUCAGGGGGGGAGCAUCGAGAUGGCCAGGGUCCUGGCAGUCGCACAAUCGAUACACGACAUUGCAUGCAAAAUAUCAAUAAGUAUCGGGGGCUCUGCCCGGAUUGUGUUCGACAUCUUCUUUGACCCGUCAACCGACGAGGUAACACUAAGCAAUAACCCAGGUUCAACUACCAUUGAAGCCAUCAAGAACAACGGUAAGCAAAAGAUCAUUGUAUACCCCGCGGUAACAGCGGAACUGGACCCCGGGGUAUGGGAUCUAGUUGCACCAGCCGUCAGUUGCUCGAACAAGCUCUUCAUCCUCCCGCGUCGUGUCCUCCCCGAAGAGGCUAGCAUCUGUGAGUUUUCAAAAGGGAAACGAGCUUCACCGUCCUCAACCGUCGGCCAUGCAUCAAAACGAGUGAGAGAUGCCGGCGGCGAGAUUCACAACCUUCGCGUGGAAGGGAUUCCUCAUAUGCGCCAAUCGCCCCAUCCUCUCAUGAGCCUCGUACCCAGCCAAACCAUCAAAGUAAUCGGGGGAAACGUCCAUGAGGAGUAUUCAAUCGCACGAGUACAAAAGUUGUCUGAAAACCGUGCUUCGUCCGUCUGGAGGGCAUUGGUGUCCAUUUUCAGGUCCGAAAAAACCCAAGUGGUUGCAAAAACCCUGCUCAAAGGGCGCCACAGCACACUGGGCGUAGCCGAAAUGUGGCUGCGCGAAGCCAAAAUCCACUCCAAGCUAAACAGCCAGACUAGUGACCGCGCCGUUACCACAAUCGUGCGACUGCUUGGGCUGGACGCCCGUCUGCAUAGCCUGUACGUCGAGGAUAUCAAUGCGCCUUCGUUGGCGCAGAGGGACUGGCGGCGAACCGACAAUUACUUUUCCGGCUCGCUAGAUGAUACCAACCGCGUGCUCCGCGAUAUAAGCUCGGCUUUAGACCACGUUCACGGCAAAGGCGUGGUGCACAACGAUAUCAAACCAGGAAAAAUCCUUUAUAGCACCUCCCGCGGCGCUGUCCUCAUCGACUUUGGUCUUAGCAGUGAUGGCGAACAGGAUUCCGCCAGGGUGAGUAUGGCGGGCACGCCCUGGUAUAUCCCGCCAGAGUUUUCAACGGGAAGGCGCAGCCGCGGUUUCCCGGGCGAUGUGUGGGCAUUGGGCGUUGUAAUGCUGUUCCUCUACCAGCUACUACCGCUCCCAGAGAGGACCACUGAAUGGAUGAUUGCGGAAGUGGGCGGUCCGAACCACAAAGCCCUUGCUCGUAUGCUGGAAUGGAUAGAAACUACGAAGCGUGCCAGGGCGAAGCUUGGCCAUACUACGACGGAUGAAAUCAUCCGCAAAAUGACUGAGAUCAACCCUGUUAGCCGUGUGAGGAUCCGUGGGGUUGUGGAGGCUUUGGAAUCUUGGAAAUAG